CGCCGCUUCUCCUGAGGGGGUAAAUAACGGGCAGCUCGUCCAGCGGACUCUGGUCCCAGUGCGCACCGUGCCAGCUGAGGGACAAAGAGCUGCACUAUUGAGACUUUGCCCGGCUUCCGUAGACUCUGCCCGGAAUCCUGAUUAGGAGGAUUAGACAAGUAGCAGCAGGCGGGAUGCGCUCCGGGCUGCCUCCCGUAUAGAGCCCGUUUCCAGUCAGUGAGCGGAGCUGUGACCGUGAUGGCGGGGCCGGUGAUGGGGAAGUUCUUCUUCUUACAGAAGGAAAUAAAAGGCAACACAAGAGAGGUAUUUGAAGAUUUACUGGAAGAGCGGCGCAUGUCAAGUGAUGUCCGAUCUGCCCUAAAGAGUUUUACACCAGUUAUUUAUAAGAAUCUUACUCCAUGCACACCAAGUGCCCUUAAAGCCGCUGUUCUGAAUUCUGACAACCUGCAGCACGUCAUAAGACAGAUAAGUGUGGAGUCUGGUGAACCAUUUGAUGUCCUUCAAAAACAAGCUGCUCAGAUACUUGAUGAAAUGGGUCAUAACUUAAAGCUGGGAGCCAUUAGGCUAUUUGCCCUCAGCUUGAGUAAAAUCUUCAAAAAUCUUUACCAGAAAGUGUUUGUCAACCCAGAAGGCAUACAGCAAUUGGCAAAAGCUAUUCAAGAGCAUCCAGUUGUGUUGCUACCAAGUCAUCGGAGCUAUAUUGAUUUCUUGUUAAUAUCAUACAUUAUGUUUACUUAUGACUUGGCCAUUCCAGUGAUUGCUGCGGGUGAAGACCUUGGUCGUAUGAAAUUUGUUGGACCAUUUCUCCGCAUGUCUGGAGCCUUCUUCAUAAAACGCACAUUCCAUGGGGAGAAACUUUACUGGGCCGUAUUUUCAGAGUAUGUGAAGACAAUGCUUCGGAAUGGAUAUGCGCCACUAGAGUUUUUCAUUGAAGGUCAGAGGAGCAGAACAGGCAAGACGAUACACCCAAGGCUUGGCCUUUUGAAUGUUGUAACUGAACCAUUCUUCAGAGGAGAAGUGUAUGACGCUUAUGUGGUUCCUAUCAGCAUCAGCUAUGAGAAAAUCUUAGAAGAGACCUUUCAUGUGCAAGAGCUUCUUGGAGCACAGAAAUCCAAGGAAUCUACAUCAGGUCUGAUUAAAGCCAGGAAAAUACUCAGAGAUAAUUUUGGAAACAUUCAUAUUUACAUUGGACAACCAAUAUCCCUGCGAUCAAUGGCUUCUGGAAAAGUAAAUCGUUUACAGUAUAAUCUAACACAUAGGCAUAACCUUCAGCGCCCAUCAGAGGAUAUUCAGAAGUUUAUUUCUGAUUUGGCAUACAGAAUAGAACUUCACCAAAUUGCCAACACUGUGCUAAGCCCUGGAGAUUUGGUAGCAGUGAUUUUGCUUAUGAAUCUGCCAGUAUUGAGUCAUAAUCUAUUAGUUGAGGAAAUAUUAUGGCUCAAGAAGUUAACAGAGGACUUUGGUGGAUGCCUAGAUUGGCCAGAUAAUAAAACCAUCAAUGAAGUUGUUCAAUCCAGUGUAUCCCUACAUUCAAAUUUUAUGGCUAUUGUGGACAGUCAUAUUGUUUUGCUUGAGCAUGAUGUGACAGAUGUGUUGACUGAAGAGAUGGUCGCCAAACAGACUGUCACUUUUUUGACUUGCGCCUCUUACAGAAACAAAAUGGUUAAUGUUUUCAUACGCCCUGCGCUUGUAGUGCUCGCAUGUAAAACUGCACAGAGUUUACAAAAAGAUGAUAUAUAUAGAUCAUUUUGCUUCUUGAGGAAUCUUUUUUCCAAAGAAUUUAUCCUUUUUCCUGACCAUGAAGGACAGGAUUUUGAGGAGGGUUGUCUCCUGCUGGCCAAGUUCAACAUUAUCAAUAGGACACCAUGUGAAUUUAUUUUAAACGAGAAUGACAUUGUGGCUCAGUUUUUAUACAGAAUGUUAUAUUCAUUACUUGAAGGAUACCAGAUGGCAUGCUUAUAUAUAAAAGAAAAUAUAGCCGAGCACUUUACAGAUAAACAGUAUAUCGCUGGAGUGAGAAGUUAUGUUUUUAGACAAAUUUUAACAGGACUUACCAAAUGCUAUGAUGCCUUAUCUUCUGAUUUGCUAAAAAAUACUCUGGCAUCCUUUGUCCAGCUUGGGAUCAUUACAGCUACAAAAACAUCCAGCGGAACAUAUUUUUCACCUGAUGCUAAAGGAGUAAUACAAGCAACAGCAACACUUGUCCUCAGGUGGGGCUGAGCUGUGAUGAAGAAAUUCUAGGCCAAAAAUAGAAGGGGGCUUGGCUUUGCAGAGAGCGUGGCUUUUGUAAGGGGGCGUGACAUGCAACUCUGAAACAACACUUUCACCCGGAGAUGUGGAGCUUAUGGAGUAAGGUGGGGCUACGCUGUUACGAAGAGAUUAUGAUUGAAUGACCUGUGAUGUAGGUGUAUUGGGUGAAAAUUAUGUUUUUGCUCCUUGAGCUGAAACAAAAAAGCUGAAAUUAGAAUGGGCAUAAUGGGCAUGGCUUGUUGGAGGGGCAAGGCUUGCAAACUUGACCAACACAUCCACCAGGAGAUGCGGAGCUUGUGGAGUACGGUACCGGAAGUCCCAUAGACAUAAACCCUGGCCUUCACAAAUCAGGGAUGGGUUAAUUUAACUUUUCUAUAUUUUUAGUUAAAAUAUAAAUCACAUGUGUACCGAGUUUCAUUGAAAUAUCUCCAGCCAUUUGAAAGUGAUGCUGGAUACAGUAUCUCAUGAGUACACCCCUCACCCCUAAGGGAAGUGUCCAAAUUGAACCCAAUUAGCCAUUUUCCCUCUCCGGUGUCAUGUGCCUUGUUAGUAUUACAAGGUCUCAGGUGAAUGGGGAGCAGAUGUCUUAAAUUUGAUGUUAUCGCUCUCACUCUCUAAUAAUGAUCUCUUGAAGUUCAGCAUGGCACGUCAUGGCAGAAAAAAUAAUGCUCUACAUAAAGAUGGGCUAGGCUGUAAGAAGAUUGCCAAGAACCAGAAGCUGAGCUACAGCAUGGUGAGCAAGAGUAUUCAGCUGUUUCACAGUAUAGAUUUCACUCAGAACAGGCCUCACCAUGGUCAACCAAGGAAGUUGAAUGCACAUGUUCAGCGACAUUUCCAAAGGUUUUCUUUGGGAAAUAGAUGUAUGAGUGCUGCCGGCACUGCGGCAGAGGUUGAAAAGGCGGGAGGUCAGCCUGUCAUGGCUGGCAUCCCAGAAGGAAGCUUCUUCUAAAGCACAAGAAAGCCAGCAAACUGUUUGCUGAAGACAAGCAGACUAAGGACAUAAUUACUAGAAUAAGACGAAGAUAAACUUAUUCGGUUCAUAUAGUGUCAAGUGUGUGUGGCGGCAACCAGCUGAGAAGUACAAAGACAAGUGUGUCUUGUCUACAGUUAGCUAGUGGUUCUACUGUCAUGUCCUUGGCCUGCAUAAGUGCUGCUAGCACUGGGGAGCUACAGUUCAUUGAGGAAACCGUGAAUGCCAACAUGUACUGUAACAUACUAAAACGGAGCAUGAUCCCUUCUCUUCAGAGACUGGGCCGCAGGGCACUGUUCCAACUUAACAAACCCAAACACACAACCAAGACCACCACUUCCUUACUAAAGAAGCUUAAGGUAAAUGUAAUAGACCAGUCAAUCAUGUCUCCAGACUUAAACCCUAAUGAGCAUUUGUGUGGCAUCUUCAAAUGGUAGAAGGGGGAGCGCAAGGUAUCUAAUAUCCAUGAACCCUGUGAUGUUGUCAUGGAGGAGUGAAAGAGGACUCCAGUGACAAACUUUGCAGCUUGGUAAACUCCAUGCCCAAGAUACUUAAAGGGGUACUCUGCCCCUAGACAUCUUAUCCCCUAUCCAAGGAUAGGGGAUAAGAUGUCUGAUCGUAGGUGUCUCGCUGCUGGGGAUCCCCACGAUCUCUCCUGCAGCCCCCCAAGUCAUCAGCUCAUCAUGGCUCCACCCCCUCAUGAUAUCACGCCCCACCCCCUUAAUGCAAGUCUAUGGGAGGGGGCGUAACUUACCAUGUCACGUAACUUACCAUGUCAGCUCCGGAGAGCUGAUGCCUCUGGGUGCUGCAGGAGAGAUUGCGGGGGUUCCCAGAGGCGGGACCCCCGCGAUCAGACAUCUUAUCCCCUAUCCUUGGAUAAGGGAUAAGAUGUCUAGGGGCAGAGUACCCCUUUUAACCCCUUAAGGACUCAGGGUUUUUCCGUUUUUGCACUUUCGUUUUUUCCUCCUUACCUUUUAAAAAUCAUAACCCUUUCAAUUUUCCACCUAAAAAUCCAUAUUAUGGCUUAUUUUUUGCGUCGCCAAUUCUACUUUGCAGUGACAUUAGUCAUUUUACCCAAAAAUGCACGGCGAAACGGGAAAAAAAAUCAUUGUGCGACAAAAUCGAAAAAAAAACGCCAUUUUGUAACUUUUGGGGGCUUUCGUUUCUACGCAGGGCAUAUUUCGGUAAAAAUUACACCUUAUCAUUAUUCUGUAGGUCCAUACGGUUAAAAUGAUACCCUACUUAUAUAGGUUUGAUUUUGUCGCACUUCUGGAAAAAAUCAUAACUACAUGCAUUAAAAUUUAUACGUUUAAAAAUGUCAUCUUCUGACCCCUAUAACUUUUUUAUUUUUCCGUGUAUGGGGCGGUAUGAGGACUCAUUUUUUGCGCCGUGAUCUGAAGUUUUUAUCGGUAUGAUUUUUGUUUUGAUCAGACUUUUUGAUCACUUUUUAUUCAUUUUUUAAUGGUAUAAAAAGUGACCAAAAUACGCUUUUUUGGACUUUGGAAUUUUUUUGCGCGUACGCCAUUGACCGUACGGCUUAAUUAAUGAUAUAUUUUUAUAGUUCGGACAUUUACGCACGCGGCGAUACCACAUAUGUUUAUUUUUUAUUUUUUUUACACUGUUUUAUUUUUUUUAUGGGAAAAGGGGGGUGAUUCA